GGAGUGUAAUUGCAGGCCUCAACCACUAGUUGGUUGGGAUGGAUGGCAGCUCUGUCAAAAUAGUUUUGAGAGAGCUGUUUCAUGUACUUAGCUAUUGUCGGUAAUUCUAGAUCUCUAUGGAGGUCAUUAUUGCGUAAAAACCACGGCGCGCCCGUGAUUUGACGCAGAAAAUGAUUCUGUAGGGUUUGAAGCGGCCUAAGGGUCGCUUUUGGACGGUGGGCAAAGACUACACUAGCGUAGGUUAAGAUCGGACGGAUCGUAGUUUUAUAAAGCGUUAGCUUUGAGCGGAGGGAAGUGUACGUUUUCUGUGUUUGUGAAAGUUAUACGAGUAGUGUAUAGAGAGUACUACACAAGGUAUUUUUAUAUUAUUUAUUUUUAAAGCAGCCACAAAAAUAAUGCUAUGCUCUAAAAUGAGCUAAUAAUGUUGCUCUAAAAAGUUUAUGACUAUUUCAUCAUACCUAUAGCUCGCUAACAAACGAACAGAUACUCCUAGCACUGGCUGAGACUUAUAAAGUAUGAAAGCCUAAAUGUGAUAGUUUGCACAUAUCAACAAGAUUAGGCGUUAGGUAUUGGGUGUGCAUAAUUUGAGGACCGCAUACUGUUUACAGUUUUCACACACUCUAUUUUUUAAUUAUGGGCAAAAAGUUAUAUAAGCAUAUUUGUGGGCAAAAUAAUUUGCUUCAAAUUAUGAUUACAAAUUUUUUGUAAGAUGCAUAGUAUCAGAGAUAUCGCAAAAAAGUGUUUUCACUCCUUUUUUCAAGAUGGCGGCCAAGGGACAAUGGUGACGACCCGACAAACUUGAGGUAAAGCUUCUAUUGACCCUCACACAUGCGCCAAAAAUAAAAUUGCGUCCUCAAAAAAAUGCAAAGAUCAUGUAACAUUUCAAUGGACUAAAAUUAGAACAUCAGCUAUUAGUAUAUACCUGUACAAUGGUGGACAUCUGUUCUCCGCAUUUUUCACGAUAACUUUUUUCUUAAGAAAAAUUCAGAUUAAACAGCAAAAAUAAGCCGCUAAUACUUAAACAUAAAAUGUAACUUCAGACAAACCAAUUUUUUUUCAUGUUUAUCGGAUAUAAACCCCUUUAGUAAUUGUAGAAAUUAGCGUAGAAGUAAUGAAGAAAACACUAAAGUUGGUUAUCUUAAUCUACAGUGUUUUUUUUAAUUUAUUCCAAAUCAUGUUUGAUUUCAAUGUACAGACACUCGAUUUCUACAUUUUUGUUACAGUAUUCUUAUAAUUGACAUGAUGUUUAUGAGUGUAUCAGUCUGUUAUAUUAUCUAUAUAAUAACAUACUAUUUACAGUAAAUAUAAUCAUUUAUAAGCUUACAUUGAUUUCAUACGUCGUGUUAGAUAUUAUCAAACAGCAAUGUAUAAGUUAUUUAAAUUAUUUUGUAUAAUUUCUUUGAUUGGUAAAAUCGAGCCUGCAAAAAUAUUAGCAGUAUUUCCAGUAGCAUCUAUUAGUCACCAAGUAGUGUUUCGUCCCUUAAUGCACGAAUUAGCAAAGCGUGGACACGAAGUUGUAGUGAUAACACCAGAUCCAGCGUAUCCUAAAGGACAAUCGCCCCAAAAUCUAACUGAGAUAGAUAUUCAUGAUUUGUCUUACAAAAUAUGGAAUGAUCUUUUAGAAACUGGAAUGGGUCAAAAUCGUAUAACUUCGGUGGAAAUGAGAAUGUUUUUGGGCUUGAUGACAAAGGCUUUUGAAGCACAAAUGAAAUCCGAGGAUGUCCAAAAACUUCUUAAAGACAAAAGCAAAUCUUUUGAUUUACUGUUUACUGAAUCUUGUGUUAGACCUGCUUUAAGUUUUGGCUAUCGAUACAAUGUACCCAUUAUAGAAUUCAGUUCGUUAGGAAGUAUAUUUGGAUCAAUUUAUGGAACUGGAGUACCAACGAAUUAUCUUGUGUAUCCUUCACCAUUGCGAACCAGAGUCUAUAAUUUAUCAUUGUGGGAAAAGAUUUCAGCAGUGUAUAAUGACUAUAAAAUUGAUAAAGUUAUAGAAGAACAUAAAGAAGAAGAGAAUAAGGUAGUAAGAGGCUUAUUUGGACCUAACGUACCUGAUUUAAGUGAGUUGAAAAAAAAUGUACAUCUGAUGUUUUUGAAUGUUAAUCCUAUUUGGGAUUUUAAUAGACCCGUUCCACCAAACAUAAUAUACUUGGGUGGUAUUCAUCAGAACCUGCAUAAGGACUUGCCAAAGGAUAUCAAAAGUUAUCUAGAUUCUUCUCAAAAUGGGGUGAUAUACAUGAGUUUUGGUACAAACGCAAGACCUUCAUUGUUACCAGUUGAAACAUUGAAAGUAUUCACAAAUGUGUUCUCUGAACUGCCUUAUGAUAUAUUAUGUAAGUGGGAUAAAGAAGAACUACCAAAUCGUCCAGAAAAUGUCAGAGUUUCAAAAUGGUUACCACAAUCAGAUUUAUUAAAACACCCAAAUGUGAAGUUAUUCAUAACCCAAGGAGGGCUACAGUCUACUGACGAAGCUCUUAAUGCUGGUGUGCCGUUAGUUGCGAUACCAUUUCUCGGAGAUCAGUGGUUUAAUGCUGAGCAAUAUGAAAAACUAAAUAUUGGAAUACAUCUUGAUUUGGAAACUAUUACUGAAAAAAACCUGAAGAAUGCCAUUGAAAAAACUAUUCAAGAUAAAACGUACCGUGAAAACGUAGUCAAACUGCAUAGCUUAAUGCGCGAUCAGCCUCAGACGCCACUGGAGCGUGCCGUGUGGUGGACGGAGUACGUGCUGCGGCACGGCGGAGCGACGCAUCUACGUGCCGCGGGCGCGCAUAUGCACUGGACGAAAUAUUACGCUAUGGAUGUUGUAAUGCUUCUAGUGUUCGGAGUACUGGCUAUUUUAAUAGUCAUUAUAUUUACCAUCACCCGAUUAGCAAUGCAAUUGAAGGAUUUCAAAAAUAUUACUAAUCAAACAAUGUACUACUUACUAAAAAUAUAUUGUGUUAUUAAUGUGAUUAAAGCGAUGGAGUCUGCAAGAAUAUUAGCAGUGUAUCCAGCAGCAUCUAUUAGUCACCAAGUUGUGUUUCGUCCUUUAAUGCACGAAUUAGCAAAACGUGGACAUGAAGUUGUAGUGAUAACAACAGAUCCCGCAUAUCCCAAGGGAAAAGCCCCCCAAAAUCUAACUGAAAUAGAUCUCCAUGAUUUGUCUUACAAAGCUUGGAAUGAUAUUUUAGAAACAGAAAUAGCACGAAAUCGUUUGACAUCUGUGGAAGUUAAAACAUUUUUACACGUAAUGAUUAAGACUUUUGAAGCACAAGUGAUGUCUGAGGAUGUCCAGAAACUCCUGCAGGACAAAAGCAAAUCUUUUGAUUUACUAUUUGUUGAAUCUUGUGUGAGACCUGCCUUAAGUUUUGGACAUCGAUACAAUGUUCCAAUAAUAGAGUUCAGUUCGUUAGGAAAUUUGUUAGGAUCAGUUUAUGGAACCGGAGCCUCGACGAAUUAUCUUGUGUAUCCUUCGUCAUUGCGAAGCAGAGUUUAUGAUUUGUCCUUAUGGGAAAAGAUUUCAGCGGUGUAUAGUGACUACAGUAUUGACAGAGUAUUAGAAGAAUAUGAAGAAGAACAAAAUAAAGUAAUAAGAGGAUUAUUUGGUUCUAACACACCUACUCUUAGUGAAUUGAAAAAAAAUGUACACCUUAUAUUUUUGAACGUUAAUCCCAUCUGGGACUUUAAUAGACCCGUUCCACCUAACAUAAUAUAUUUGGGUGGUAUUCAUCAAAAACCUAACCAGGAGUUACCAAAGGAUAUCAAGACUUACCUGGACUCGUCUCAAAAUGGGGUGAUAUACUUGAGUUUUGGUACAAACGCUAGACCUUCGUUAUUACCAACUGAAACAUUGAAAAUAUUCACAAAUGUAUUCUCACAACUGCCUUACGAUAUAAUAUGUCGAUGGGAUAAAGAAGAAAUACCAAAUCGCCCACAUAAUGUCAGAGUUUCAAAAUGGUUACCCCAAUCAGAUAUAUUAAAGCAUCCGAAUGUGAAGUUAUUCAUAACCCAAGGAGGGCUACAGUCUACCGAUGAAGCUCUGAUGGCCGGUGUACCGUUAGUUGUAAUACCGUUUCUCGGAGAUCAAUUUUUUAAUGCUGAACAUUAUGUAAAACUUAAUAUUGGAAUCCGUGUUGACUUGGAAACUAUAACUGAGGAUAAACUAAAGAACGCUAUUGAAAAUGCUAUCAGUGAUAAGACGUACCGUGAAAAUGUAGUCAAACUGCAUAACAUAAUGCGUGAUCAACCUCAGACGCCGCUGGAGCGUGCCGUGUGGUGGACGGAGUACGUGCUGCGGCACGGCGGAGCGACGCAUCUACGUGCCGCCGCCGCGCAUAUGCACUGGACGGAAUAUUAUGCUGUGGAUCUAAUAAUAACAGUUUUGGCUGCAUUUGUGAUUCUACUUGUUGUGAUUGUACUUGCGAUACGAUUUCUGUUAUUUAAGUUGCAGCUUAGAAGCUUAAAAUUUAAAAUUAAAAUAAACUAAGUUAUU